UCAGAUUGUGGUAAGUCUUGGUGUGCAAUAUCAUAUUCACCAUUAAUUCUUCAUAUAGUUCGGUGGUGUUUAUGUGAGUAGAUAAUGAAUCCGAAAAUUAGCAUUAUUUGUAAUUUUCAAAACUAAAAGCGAUUAAAAAGCGCGUUCCGUGGGCGAUUUGGGGGCGAUUUAAAGGCGAGUAGGGCGGCAGAAAAAUGACGGCGGCAAAUCGCCCAAAUGUUGCAUUUGAAAUAGCCCCCAAAUUGCCAGCCCAAUUGGCUAAUUUAAGGGCAAUUUGCGCAUCCGAGUUGGCAAAUAGCCACCCGUUAGCCAGCAACUAGCCCUUUUUGACUGGGAAUGACUAAAUGACAGCAAGAGUGGGACAACGUGUAGAAAGGAAGAUGGACCCACUCACUCAUCUCAAAUGAAGAGGUGAACUUCCAUCUGACGCAGUUUUUGUCCGGGCAUGGUUGCUUUUGGAACUACCUGCAUCGGUUUGGAGAUGCUUCGUUUUACCCCUUUGCCCGGAGUGUCGGAAUGUGCAAGAGACACUGAAACACGUGCUCUUCGAAUGCUCGAGGUUGACUAGGAAGGAGGUUGAGUUCGAGGAAGUUCGAAAGGAUAUGCCCAAUUUGACAGUCAACAAUAUCAUCUAAGACAGUGGUGUUUGUGUAUCAUGUACCCUUUUUGAAUAUUGAUCUCCAUCGUGUACCUCUUUCUGAUUUUUUUUUUACCAGCAGUACCUCGUCAGAAUCAUUUUCAUUUGGAUGAAUACCAAACUUUUUUCCAAUUUGAAACCUGUUCCUCGAGACACUCAGUCAGCAUCUUAAUUCUUGACACACUGAAAUAAUAUACAAAGACAAAUUUCCAGCGGGAAUGUUAGGAUAACAAGGUAAAAUUUACCCUGCCAAAUUCACUAUCACUACAUAUCCUGGAGAUCAAUUCACUCCCGGUUGAAAACCACUGGUCUAAGAGAUGUACUAAGACGAACAUGCUUGGGUUACUGUUAACAUAGUAGUGACACGGAUACUCUCCAAGCUGCAGGAGAAAUGUCGAAGGGAUCAACUAUAAGUAGCGCCAAUGGCUAGUAGGCUGCCGCGAAUAGCAAAUCGUGUUCGGAAAUUCCUUCGCCGGGGAACUCUGAGACCUCAGUUGAAAAGUAGAUUUUGGGAGCGAUUGCCUCUUAUUAAGAAAGGCAAAUUCUAAUCUUUUAAAAAUUGUUGUUAACAAAUUCCUAGCUCUGGAAAAGCUGAAUAACUCUGUCAUCGAUAUUUAUAAACAUGCUGAGCAAUUAACAUAUUUUUCAUGAAAAAUCGCAAAAUAAUGGUGAUUUUUGUAUUGUUGUCCCAAAACCGUACAAUAUUUCUAGCGAUAUAGCAAUACAUAGCAUACCAUUUUAAUGCUGUGCUUUAUGCAUUAUUUUCCAUUCAGAACUGUUGCAGAAUUGAAAAUCGGCUAAAUAUUUUUUAUUUUGUAGCCAUCCAAAAUUUCAUUGUAUUAUAUUAAGGAAUAUAGGGGAGAGAGGGUAACAAUGAAACACAUUUUUUCUACAAUUUAAUUUUGAUGAUAAUACUUGUUAUUUGUGUAACCAAAAGUGAUACAUAGUGCCACUCUGUUGUUAACUAAUACAUAUAUUUUUUCCAGCUGGUAAAAUUCACGGGAAAUAACAUUUUUUGGAUAAUAAACAGUCGGUGGUAAAAUGUAUCAGUGUGCCCCAUGGGUAGGAACUAUGAAACACGAUGUCGUCUAUAAGGAAAUAUUCUACUUAUAAAUUUUAUUCUUUUGUUUUGACGAAGAAUGAUCCUAACGCUUUGAAUUUAAGUUAUAUUGAGGCGAAAAUCGUUUGUUUACGAAAGAAUUCACUAUAACACUGUAACAUUGAACCACCAUAUAUGCAUAUCAGCUGCAAUCCUGAAAUAAGAGACAAUUUCUACAAAACAUGCCCAAAUUUACUAAUUUUGCACUAUAUGAGUAGUAUUUACCGUUGAAAAUCAGAACCCAUUCACAUUUUGAGACAGACCACAAAAACAAAAAAUAAUCACUGUUCCCCAUACUCCUUCGUUCCACAGUUACCCAAUGGGUCUAUUCAUGAAAAUUGUGAAAUUACACAGAACCAUGAGAAGUUACCAAAAAACUUUGUUCGCGGCAUAUAUUGAGCAUAAAAUUUGCUAUAAAUAGCAAUAGACUAAACAUUUAUUCAAUGAAUGGUAACUCAUAAAGAUGGCAUAAUGUUUUUCAUUGCAAAUUUACUCUGGCUAUCACAAAACAAACAAAUAUCCAUUAAAAGAGAUACAGUUAUCAGAUCUCUUCCAAAAUAUAGCAACACGUGUAAAGAAUUAGAAAUCGUGAAAUAUGAGAGAAUGAGACGAUUCUGAUCAUGCGUUAUGAUUUUAUUGCGUUCCUGCUGAUCCACUGUUACCCUCUCUCCCCUACGUCAUUCGCUUAUUGAUUAUAUGAAAUGCACGAAAAAUUUCACUGUUGUUAUAUUUACACCGAAUUGAAAACGUUGCUUUUGGCAGUUUUCGUUAUUAUGCUUCGAUCGGUUGAAAAAACUACCACCCUAAUAAAUCGCAUAUAAAUCCAUAAAUCCUAUAGCAAUGUGGACGGACAAAUGUUUAGAUGAAUAAUAGUUAUUUAAAAUUGAACGCCAAAAUGUAGGCUACAUCCAUGUGGUUGUCGAAAAUAUUCAUUCCCACUGUAUCGCGGGUUCAUCAUCAUUGAAGUUCUUUUUCAGUGCCGGGUAUCUGUAUUGACAUUUCACUUGCUCCUCUCACGUUGUGCCUGCUGUCAUAUUCCGCGAGAGAGAGAAGUUUUGUUUAUACCGUAUCUUUGGCUUGUUUGCCAUCGGUGCGUGACAGCAAAAGGUUCGAAAUGAAAACAUGUUUUUUAUAUUCGUUGUAUUGAUUAGUUCACUAGAGGUAGGAGUGCAGAGGAAAUCGCAUUGAACAGGUCCAUAGAUUUGCAUUUUAUUUACAAUGUUUUUUAGUGCAAGUGAUAACAAAUGUGACCGAAGAACGGGUUACGAGCGAAAUUGCACCUGCCACUGAUCGCUACAAACGAGUUUGAUUUGGCUAGGAAGAUUAUCUCGAAGGUUAAUUCCAGUGCCAAAAAGCAGGUGGACUGCUGUGAAAUAAUAAACAUCAAAAGGGAGCAUCGAACGGCAAUGUUUCGACUACGGGUUAAAAUUUUCUACGUGUACAUUAUUAUUUCAUUUAUGCUGUCCGUGUACUUAUUUUAUCUCAUUUCGAAAUACUCGGUGGAAAAAUUCAUCAACUACCAGCGGAACGUGAGGAGCAGCAAGUUUCAAAGCAGACCACGGAUACCACAAAUCGUAGGUCAUUACGUAGGAGCUGGGGUAGUCGGUAAUGUCUCUAAAGAUUUCCUUAACACAAACAAUUUUUCGCCUAUCCCGGGAGCUGGUGAAAAUGGAGAUCCGGUUGUGAUACAGGCAAGGGACCUGCUGAAGAUGCAGCAGUUUUUUCAGCUGAAUCGCUACAACUUACUGGCCAGUGAUCGGAUUGCUCUCAACCGUUCGUUGCCGGAUGUCCGGAAACCUAAAUGUCUGUUGAAGACGUACCCUUCCAAACUGCCAACAACGUCAAUUAUUAUUGUCUUCCACAAUGAGGCAUGGUCAGUAUUGUUGCGAACCGUUUGGAGCGUUAUUAUCAGAUCCCCGCAGCAUUUGAUUAGAGAAAUUCUGCUGGUGGAUGACGCCAGUGAUAGAACAUUUUUGAAAACUGCGUUAGAGAACUAUGUUCAGAAACUUCCGGUUGCGGUUAGUAUUCUGCGGCUAAAUAAACGAGAAGGAUUGGUGGCUGCUCGCUUGAUGGGAGCUAGAGUUGCCACAGGCGAUACCUUGACCUUUCUGGAUGCUCAUUGUGAGUGUUCUCCGGGCUGGUUGGAGCCACUGUUGGCACGGGUUCAGGAGAACCCACAUAAAGUUGUCUGCCCGGUGAUCGAUAUCAUAUCGGAUGAUAACUUUUCAUACAUUAAAAGUUUUGAGUUCCACUGGGGAGCAUUCAACUGGCAGAUGCACUUUCGAUGGUACACGCUGAGUGAUGAGGAGUUAGCCGAGCGAAGAAAGGAUACUACAAUGCCGUUUCAUACACCGUCGAUGGCGGGUGGAUUGUUCACAAUUGAUCGAAAGUAUUUCUUCGAUAUUGGAGCAUAUGACGAACGGUUGAAAAUUUGGGGUGGCGAUAAUUUGGAGAUGUCGUUUCGGGUGUGGCAAUGCGGAGGAGAAAUCGAGAUUGCACCCUGUUCGCACGUAGGACACUUGUUUCGGAAGAGUUCACCAUAUACAUUUCCCGGCGGUGUUAGUGGGAUUCUCAAUGAAAAUCUCGCUCGAGUAGCUCUUGUCUGGAUGGAUGACUGGGCGAAAUUUUUCUUUAAGUUCAAUAAAGGAACUGAAGAAUUUAAGAGUUUGAAUGUUUCGAAUCGAGUUGCUCUUAAAAAACAGCUGAACUGCAAGUCUUUCGACUGGUACCUGCGGAAGAUCUGGCCCCAGAACUUUUUCCCCGCUCCCAACAAGUUCUUUGGUCGUAUUCAGCCCAUCGAUCUCAGUACCUUUGACUACCAGGAAUACAUCGUUCUAAUGAAAAAAAUCAAUCUGAUCGUGAAAAAUCUUAACCCAGAGCUGAAAUGGAAAUUUCUCAUCAAGUACCUAUCGGAAAACGUUAAAAAAAUUGGGGAAUCCAUGAAAAUUGCCAAACACAGCUCAUACUGCCUGCAGAAACCCAAAUCCAAUACACUCAUCAAUCAACCGGUCGGUCAAUCGUUCCUGAAAAAAUGCUCUCUAUUGAUCAACAUCCUCGACGAAGAGUUCGUGAUAGACGACUACGGAAGGAUCAUGACCGACGAGGGUGUCUGUUUGGAUUCUUUUCGGAAAACAUCCACCGAUGGUGAGCAGCUCAUCGAAGGGGAGAGGAAAAUCAAAAUGGUGACCUGUGGAAGCAAUAAACCUGGCCAACGUUGGCUGUACGAAACGGAUACCUAUCACGUGAGGAACAUCAACAGUAAUGAUUGUUUGGAGCGUGGUCUUACCCUCAUAAAGGACGACAGUGAGGAUAAGUUCGAGGUGUUUCUUAAUUCGUGCGACGUGCGAAACGAACUGCAGAAGUGGAUGCUGUUUCCGGUGGCUUGGAAGUGAAAGGAUUAUUUCUAUUCCGUCUUUACUGAAUCAAACAUUUUUCUCUUAAAUGCACUAGUUAACAGCAUGUAACAACACCUCGUCCAUAACUAAAACUUGGUUUCAACCGGCGCGUACAAUUAGUAUUAAGUUCAAUCAUUUCAUCGUCUAAACGGCGCAUUUCACGCAAAGGACUGUAAUUUCAAAAAUGCACUUUGGAUAAUAGGUAGUUCCGUAGAUAUCGAUUAUAUUAAGUACUACACAAAGUAAGAUAGUUUUCGGAUAAGACUUUUGUUAGAAUCGGGAUUAGCUUUUGCUAACAUUUUAGCGCACAGCUCAAUAUUACUCUAUUUUCGUUCGUUAAGAUUAAGUUACAAUCUGUGAUAUAAAAGUAUUGCAUUCAAGGUAAAUAAAUAUAAUAUUUCUUCUAGU